AUGGCGCGUGCCGGCACCGCUGUGGAGGCUGUGAGGAAUUGGGUGAACCAGGUUGUGCUGCAUCAUGGGCUCUGCCCUUGGGCACAGCUGGCGCAUCAAGCCGAUGUCAUCACCUAUCUGUCGUGUGAGGCUACCACGCCCUCAGCUGUGGGCUCCGUGGUGAGGUCUGAGGCCAUGCGCCUCGUGCGACGGCGAGUACCUUGGGCUACAUCAAUGGUCAUUUGCCCUCGAGUGCUGUCGUGGCGGGAAGACUUCCAGGCGUUUGAUGCCUGGGUGGCGAGAAGCAAUCAUUUGGACGACUUGGAGGAACUGGUGUCGCUGGUUGCAUUCCAUCCUCGCUUUGCCCGCUGGCACGCUUUGGCCGCUUCGGUCACUGAGGGCACCCAGGUGUCCUCCCACUACGAGGAGAUGGACGGGGAGAAGAGCAAGAAGGCCUUGCCAGCCAUUAUUGAAUCCAUGGACCCGAAGAAGGUGGGUGUUCGGCGCAUCGGCGUCCGUUUUGUCGAUGAUGGAGUGCGGCAGUGGGUGCCUGCAGAAUGGCUUACUCCAGCAUGGAAAACUGCCGAGCUGUUGGUGGACAACCAAAUGCAUCAGGCACCGUUCCCAACAGUCCACCUCAUUAGGCGAAAGGACCUGGCGGCCGUCAAAUCAAGCAAAGGCGGCUACGAAGUCGUUGCUUCCGUUCAGGCUCGCAACAACCAGUACCUCCAGAAGCUACGAAGUGACGACUGCAUGUCAGAAAAAGGAGUGUCGCAGGUCUGCGCAGUAAGUAUCCGGAAGUCGCUUCCCUGGCUUGUUGCAACUUACUAA